UAUCCCAACGAGAAUAAAAAUUUGAUUUUUAAUCCGUUUCUAUUUCACCGGCACCUUCUACUUCUUGUUCUGACGCAGGGAAAGAUGGCGAUGUUAUGUUGCUGAUUUGUGAAAAAUUUAUUGGUAAAGAUGGCGUGGAGAAAAGGGUGUGAAGAAGUGGCCAAUUCGAAGCCUCUGUUCCUCACGAUCUACACUGUUGUCAUCGUUGGCAUCGUGGUUUCCUCCUUCUACGUCUUCUCUUCUAUAUACUCCAGCAACCCAUCUGCUGCUCAAUCUUCUGCAUGGCUCUCUUCAAUUUCGAUUGAUAAUGGCUUUGCAGGUGAGGAUACUACUCGUGUUACGGAUCAAACACAAAAUGUUUCUCGGUCAGCUACGGUGCCUAUUGUGCCCACGCCUUUCUCAGGGGCACAAAAUGAAAGGCCAAGGUCUAUAUGGGAUAUUCCACCGACCAAUAAAAGGAUGCCACCAUUGUCAGAUUUCCGGCUGACGAAGGCGCUGGUUCAGCAAAGGGUGAAAGAUAAUGUGGUAAUUGUGACCUUUGGAAACUACGCGUUCAUGGAUUUUAUUCUGACGUGGGUUAAACAAUUGAGAAAUCUGGAAGUUUCUAAUUUUCUUGUUGGUGCAAUGGAUACCAAAUUAUUGGAGGCACUGUAUUGGAAAGGGAUACCGGUUUUUGACAUGGGCAGCCAUAUGAGCACAGUAGAUGUUGGAUGGGGGUCUCCAACAUUUCACAAAAUGGGGAGAGAAAAAGUUAUUCUGAUCGACUCAAUUCUUCCUUUUGGAUUCGAGCUGUUGAUGUGUGAUACUGACAUGGUUUGGUUGAAGAACCCGCUUCCAUAUCUUGCUCGUUAUCCAGAAGCAGACAUUUUGACUUCAAGUGAUCAAGUUAUACCAACAGUUGUUGAUGAUAGUUUGGAAGUUUGGCAAGAAGUUAGUGGUGCCUACAACAUUGGAAUUUUCCAUUGGAGACCAACAGAGUCUGCCAAAAAAUUGGCAAAGCAAUGGAAGGAAAUGCUUUUAGCUGAUGACAAGAUAUGGGAUCAGAAUGGGUUUAAUGAUAUUCUUCACAAACAGUUAGGUCCAUCUGUUGAUGAUGAAAGUAGACUUGUUUUUGUUUUUGAUGGAAAACUGAAGAUGGGGAUUUUGCCUGCGAGUAUCUUCUGUAGUGGACAUACAUAUUUUGUCCAGGCUAUGUACCAGCAACUAAGGUUGGAGCCAUAUGCAGUGCACACAACAUUUCAAUAUGGUGGAACUGAAGGAAAGCGCCAUCGUCUACGAGAAGCCAUGCUCUUCCUUGAUCCACCAGAAUACUAUAAUCCUCCUGGGGGGUUCUUGUCAUUUAAGCCUUAUAUUCCAAAACGCUUGAUGCUAAGUGGGGAGCAUAAUGUUGAAUCACAUUUUACUCUUGUCAAUUACCAAAUUAAACAGAUUAGGACAGCACUUGCAAUUGCUUCCCUUUUGAACAGAACACUGGUGAUGCCUCCACUAUGGUGCAGGAUUGAUCGGCUAUGGUAUGGCCAUCCUGGUAUAUUGGAAGGGUCCAUGACUAGACAACCUUUUCUCUGUCCUUUGGACCAUGUAUUUGAGGUCAAUGUCAUGCUGAAAAAGCUCUCUGAAGAAGAGUUUGGUCCUCAAAUAGAUUUUAGAGAGUACUCAAUACUUGAUAACCCCUCUCUGCCAUCAGAGGUAGAAAGGUCAUGGCUUGAUGUUCAGCUCUGUAAAGAAGGAACUGUAGGCUGUGAUGUCUCAAAUGAUACCACCAGUGUAGGGGGAAUACUUAAAUUUCCAAAGCACAGCAAUGAAGAAACGUUUAUGAAAGUAUUCUCAUCAUUCAAGGAUAUAAAAGUAAUCAAGUUCUCUUCAGUUCAAGAUGCUUUCCAAGGUUUCACUGACAAGGAAAGGGAAGAUAAAUUCAGAAAUCGUGUUAAGCGGUAUGUGGGCAUAUGGUGCUGUGUGCCAGAUCAAAGCCUUGGCCACAUAUAUUAUGAUAUGUACUGGGAUGAGAAACCAGGAUGGAAAGCAAUUCCUCCUCAAACUUCCCAGGAUGAUCAUCCCCCUUGGUAAGAUUAACAUAUGGUUAUGUUUAUUAUGCCACUACAAUGGAUGGGGGAAAUAAGAGACAUAAAUCCAAAGGAGAUUUAGUUUCCAGCUAAUUGUGAAAACCAAGAUAGAAUGCAUACAAGUGAGGAAUCUGUAUCCAUACUGAGGAUGUAAGAUAUUCAGAGACUAGACAAUUGGUUCUUGUAACAUUUAAGAAUUUUUUGGUUUGUACAAUGAUACUAAUAUUGCACCUGGAGAAAUGGAGGCCCAUAAAUUUCUCAGAGGCUUUCACAUUUUGGUCUGUGAUGUUCUUGUUGUUAUCAUUGUAUUGGCUGUAAGUAAAUACUGGAGACAUUCAAUUG